AAAGAUUAUAUACCAUUCGCCGGAAAUGCUUAAUUUUCCGGUGUGGUUUAGAACUAGGGAAUGCAGUAGCUAAGGAGGCAACAAAGAGAUCAAAAGUAUAAAAUAGAAAAGAGAGUUCUAAGAAAAAAUGGACGGAGCAUUGUUUAAUGAACAGAGUGACGUCGUUCUACACACCAAGAAGAAGAAAUCCGACGACGAAAAGGACCAUCUGGUUGUUUCUGUUACGACUCCUACGGCUCAAAAUCACCGGAGCCGAUCUCAAGCUGCUACUCGGCGCGUGACUCCCACGACUACUGCUACUUCAUUCGUCACCGCGGGUUUUGGUACCGCCGUCGAGAAAUUCCUCCCUAACGGUGAUCUUUACAUCGGUAGCUUCUCAACUAACGAGCCACACGGACCCGGAAAGUACCUCUGGAAGGACGGGUGCAUGUAUGAGGGGGAGUGGCGUCGUGGGAAAGCCAACGGGAAAGGAAAGUUCUCUUGGCCUUCUGGAGCCACUUUUGAAGGUGAUUUCAAGUCGGGUCGGAUGGAAGGAUUCGGGACGUUCAUCGGAUCCGACGGCGACACAUACUGUGGGUCGUGGAGCUCCGAUCAGAAACAAGGCUAUGGCCUUAAACGUUAUGCAAAUGGGGAUUACUACGAUGGGUCAUGGAGAAAAAACCUGCAAGACGGACACGGUCGGUACGUUUGGAGUAACGGGAUCGAGUACGUCGGUGAAUGGAAAAACGGCGUUAUCUCUGGUCGUGGGACUCUGAUUUGGGCUAACGGAAAUCGUUAUGACGGGCAAUGGGAAAGUGGUAUGCCCAAUGGAAACGGAGUUUUCUGUUGGCCGGACGGAAGUUGUUACAUCGGAGCGUGGAACGAAGAUAACAUGAAGAGAACUCAACAGCUAAACGGGACGUUUUAUCACGGGAACGACGGGAAGGAGCAUUCUCUGAAAGGAGGGGAGAGUUUGGUGCUUAUGCCGAGGAAAAGAUCAUCCGUAGAUGGAAGAGGUAGCUUAGGGGAAAGGAACAUGAAUUUCCCGAGGAUUUGCAUUUGGGAAAGCGAUGGUGAAGCUGGGGAUAUUACUUGUGAUAUAUUAGAUAAUGUGGAAGCGUCAAUGAUUUACAGAGAUGGGUUUAGACAAUUUAGAAGGAAUCCUUGUUGUUUCAGUGGGGAAAUUAAGAAGCCAGGACAAACUAUUUCCAAAGGCCACAAGAAUUACGACUUAAUGCUUAACUUGCAAAUGGGUAUCAGGUACUCUGUUGGGAAACAUGCCUCGAUUAUGCGGGGUUUGAAGCCGAGUGAUUUUGACCCGAGGGAGAAGUUCUGGACGAGGUUUCCAGUUCAAGGAUCAAAGCUCACGCCUUCUCAUCAAUCUCUGGAGUUCCGUUGGAAAGAUUAUUGUCCGUUGGUGUUUAGACAUUUGAGGGAGCUAUUCCAAGUGGAUCCUUCUGAUUACAUGCUUGCUAUUUGUGGCAGUGAUGCCCUUAGGGAGCUUUCUUCUCCGGGGAAGAGUGGAAGCUUCUUUUACCUCACUCAAGAUGACAGAUUUAUGAUAAAGACAGUAAAGAAAUCUGAAGUCAAGGUAUUUAUAAGGAUGCUUCCGAGUUACUACCAACAUGUUUCUCGAUAUGAAAAUUCCCUUGUGACAAAAUUCUUCGGAGUGCAUUGUGUCAAACCUAUAGGUGGCCAGAAGACCCGGUUUGUCGUGAUGGGGAAUAUGUUUUGCUCUGACUAUCGAAUUCAUAGACGGUUUGACCUGAAAGGAUCCUCCCAUGGCCGCUCAACUGAUAAGCCAGAAGAGGAAAUUGAUGAAACCACAACCCUAAAAGACCUGGAUCUUAAUUUUGUGUUUCGCCUUCAGCAAAAUUGGUUCCAGGAGCUUAUGAAGCAAAUUGAUCGAGAUUGUGAGUUCUUGGAGGCUGAGAGAAUCAUGGAUUACAGUCUUCUUAUUGGAAUACAUUUUCGGGAUGAUAAUAGAGGUGAUAAAAUGGGGUUAUCACCUUUUCUCUUGCGGACAGGCAAAAAGGAUUCAUAUCAAAAUGAAAAGUUUAUGCGUGGCUGUCGAUUUCUUCAAGCUGAGUUACAGGACAUGGAUCGAAUUUUAGCUGGCUGGAAACCACUGAUCAGGCUAGGAGCAAACAUGCCUGCUAGAGCAGAGAGACUGUCGAGAAGAAGCGACUUCGAUCAGUAUAUGCAGGGCGGAGUUGGUCACUUAUCGCAUAGUGGUGAAGUUUAUGAAGUAGUCUUAUACUUUGGCAUCAUUGACAUCUUACAAGGCUAUGACAUCAGCAAGAAGCUGGAGCAUGCAUAUAAAUCACUACAAGCCGAUCCUUCUUCAAUAUCAGCUGUUGGUCCAAAGCUCUACUCAAAGAGGUUUCGGGAUUUUAUAGGACGAAUUUUCAUUGAAGAUGGGUAGCAUGAUGAAAAGGCUAAAUCAGAAUAAAAUGUCUGGCCUCGGUCUGGUCUGAACAUGCUACUUCGAUCUUCCCACUGGGAAAAUCAUGCAGGCCUGUGUUACUAUUUUAGAGCUAAGACACCAAAGGGGUAGACUUAAACAACAAGCUGGUGAUUGUAAAUUUGCGGGAGUCAUUGAUCUAGAUAGACAGCAGCAGGCUUUAGAGGAAAUGCCGAUGGCUGAAUUUUGAGGAUUAGCUUCCUCAUCAUGAUAUGGAAAUUGGAAGCUGCAAGCCCCAGUACAUUCAAAAGGGGGGGGGCAUAAAUUAGGAUUACGGCGGGUUCCUUGUGUUAUUUUUCAUUAUCAUUGUCAUGGGGGGUGAAGAUUUAGG